GCUCUGUCUUGUGUCUGAUGCUUAAGUCAACUUGAAAGCAUCAACCCUUCGAACACCUAGCGUUCUGCUCUUUUCGCUCCCUAAGGAUGAUAUCCUAUGACUAUCAAUGACUUCAGGGGUAGGACUUCCUCUGCAGUGUCACUGUUGAUGUAUAUGUGUUCACAAGAUGUUCUCUUCUGCUGGACGGCCAUUCACGGUAGCAUUAUCGAUUUUCGCAUGCCUCGCCUACGGUUCACAGACAACUUCUCCUACGGCGUCUGCGACAUCGCUGUCUGCUUUGAUUCCGACUUGUGCGGCAGACUGCGUCAAAGAGUUCAUCAUAACCAACUACCCGAACAAUGUAUGCUCUGAGUGGGACCUCGAUUGUCUGUGUCGGACGAAUACGACGAGCGGUUAUACACUUGGGGAAGGGGCGUUCCGAUGUAGCCUUUCUCUGUGUUCGAUAGAAACGGUAUUCAGCCCCGACCUGUACAACAUCUGCGACUCGGUACCCGGAGCCUUGCCGCGGACCCAUGCUACGAUCACUGCUACAAUAAUGCCAACGGGAACAACGCACACGCUAGGGACUACGACAGCGACAGAGCCUACAGCGACAAGAACAGGAUUCUCUAAUCCAAGCUCCAGCUCCAGCUCCAGCUCCGACACUAGGUCCCUGUCUACCUCGAAUACGAACCCGGGAUCGUCAACCAACACUGAGCGUGCUUCGGUUACUACUGCAACCUUCCAAAGCCCUUUGACGGUAACUUCAUCACAAACUCUUCCCACGAGUACUGGAAACACCACUAGUAGCGGCCAAUCGGCAUCUGCAAGUGCGUCGGACAGUAGGCUGGAACCUGCUGCUGUGAUUGGGGUUUCCGUUGCCUCUGGAAUUUCUGGAUUCUUCAUCGUCGGAGUCAUCAUAUAUUUCUGCUGUAGGAAAAUAAGGCGCCGAAAUCAGCUCAACAAAAGCCAGGAUUUCUUCGAGAUUGGAGGUGUCAUGUCUGAGCCUCCGGAUUUUGCAUUUCCCCCACGACGGCCAACUGGGCCCCGGCCCAUGCCCACCACAACAGAUAGGGACUCUGAAACCUCGAGACUGAUAACUCCGUUUGAGCCAAGGGCUCAGACUCCCGCAGUUGUCGUUACUGGCCCGGGAAAUUACCACAGUGGUAAUCCAUUGGGGAUAUAUAGUGCCGACAGGAUUGGGUUUGCGAUAUCCUCUAAUUCUGAAGUCGAGGCCUCUUUGAGCCAAUCGUCACCACGAACGCUUUCGGACCUACUCCCAGAUAAGCCAUCACUUGGGCUUUAUCCAGAGCCAUUGAGGUGGAGUCGCCAAAAACAGCCGAGGCCGAACAGCCAUGCUACUUUAUUCGAAGAGGAUGUGACAAGGCCACGGAGCUUUCUAGGCGCAUCGUACCGAAAUCUGAACCCAUCAGCCUCACCUAGUCGAUCUCAAGGAGGUCGGCCCCAUCCUCGAGCUCCCAUGGCCGGGCUGCCUGCAAAUCCUCGUGCGAUGCUUCAUGGCUUUGGAGAAGACCAGAGUGGGAAGCUUGCCAUGAAAGGUCCUAACUACCGAAACAUGACUGUCGAUGCAGACACUGGCGAAAUGAUUCAAUCCCCAAACCAAGCCGACACCUAUAACGGGUUACUAUAUCACUCUCCUCUCUUGGACACCGGCGAGUAUAGCGAUGGAAGCCGGCAAGAUCGCGAUGCUGGUCAUACGCGAGUUGUCGGACAACCAUCGCCCUACAGUGCUGCAAGUCGUUCGCACCAUGAUGCGGAAGCGAAGAAUACCAUGCUGUAUAGUCUAGACGACAAGUUCGAGGACAUUGACAUUAACGGCAAGACCAACAGGAUACAUCGCGAAUCCCGGCGUUCGGGGAGCCUUCGGCCACUCACGCCGGUGCGGGAAGUCAGGACGCCGAUACACGAACCCCCCAAGUGGAACUGGGAAUUUUCCUCAAGUGACCACCUCGACCUUCCUCGGAUGCCGUUCUCUGGGGCAGUUAGUGCCGGUCAGGAGAUCGUUUCCAGACCGCGGAUCGUGCGACGGGACGAUAUCAAGAGGGUCCAAAUUCGGCGCAAGCCACAUCCCGAGGGUUCAAACGCACCCUAUUCGCCUGAUGACUACUGGCUUGGUCAUAGUCCAGGAUACGGAGCAAAAUCGCACGGACGCAGGCAGUCGACCGAUUCUAUUCGCUCCAUCGAAAGCGUGAGAGGCCACAUGCCUAAGAAGAAACCGUUGCCGUCGGAGCGGAAUCUCAUCCCGUCGCGCAGCGGCUCCGAUCUGAUACUACGCGUGGAUUAACGGGAUGCGCAUAAUCUAGUAGCUAGUGCUGCAUCAUCUAUUUAUUUUUGGGCGCGAGGGUUAGAGCAUUUCAUUGUCGUCGGGAUGGUCCAGUAUAUAAAUCGGGUAUAUUCAUUUCCAUUGUAUGAUAUGGUUUUCUGUUCUUUG